AUGCAGCGAGAAAGUAUAUCGAUUAUCUUCUUGCUAUUUGGGCUUCGAAUGUUUCAUAUUUUACAUCCCGAGAAUGUUAAGAUGGUUUUAUUUGAAAAUUUUGAUGAUUAUGGCUUUGGAGAUCGACGUGCAGUUUUUGCCCCCUUCCUAGGUAGUGGAGGAGUGGUGGAUUUACAGCCCCUCUUUUUCAAUCUCACUCUAGACACGACAAUGGCUAUGCUACUUGGUAAAUUGGUUUAUAGUUUGAGAAUUGAUAACGGCAAUGAAGAUAGUAAUAGGGCUUUUGUUGAGAGUUUUAUUACAGCACAAGAAAGUUUGGUAAAGCGUUUUCGAAUUGCAUUUUUCUAUUUUCUGUAUGCUUUUUUAAGUUUUCGGCGAGUAUGCUCUACGACUCACCGAUUUGUUGAGGACUAUAUCCAUGAGAGAAAUCUGCAGAGUAGUGAAGCAGGUGAAUUAUAUGGCUUUAUUGAUAAACUAGCGCAGAAGUGCGGUACUACUGCUGAGCUUCGCGACCAGCUCCUCAAUGUCCUGCUAGCGGGACGAGACACGACAGCCUGCUGCCUGUCCUGGAUAGUGCGCUUUUUAGUCCGUCACUCUGAAGUCAUGGAUCGAGUUCGGACCGAAAUCGUCUCAGUCCUGGGGAAAAUGUGGUAUCUUGCUUUUAUUAUUAAAGAGAGUAUGAAAAUUUUUCGCCUCCGUCUCUACCCACUUGUACCCCUAAACAACAAGACAGCUAUGAGAAUAACAAUCCUACCAACAAGUAGUAGACCGAAUAGAAAAUCUCCCAUCCUCGUAAAACGUGGAAAAGUCGUUAUAAUGUCGCAAUACGAGAUUGACGAGCUAAAGGACAUCGGCUGGGCUUAUUUUCCAUUUAACGGCGGUCCAAGAGCGUGUCUCGGGGAAGACUUUGCGAUUAUGGAAGUCUUAUAUACUAUCGUAAGACUGUUGCAGAGCUUUCCAUUAGUUAAGCUGCCAGUAGGGGAGAAGAACGAAGUCGUGGGAAGUGAAAAGCAGCGGCUCACAUUAGUGCUAUCGAGCGCUGAUGGCUGUAGGGUGAACCUUGGUCAGUCUAUAGCGAGCUAG